AUGACAGAGGCAGUGGGGCCGGUGGCCAAGCGCAUCCUGGUGACGGGUGGCACUGGUUUGGUGGGAAAAGCCAUUGAGAAGGUGGUGGCUGAUGGAGAGGGGCGGCCGGAUGAGGAGUGGAUCUUCGUGUCCUCCAGAGAUGCUGACUUGACGAAUACCACAGAGACCAAAGCCUUGUUUGAGCAGCACAAGCCCACCCAUGUCAUCCACCUCGCUGCCAUGGUUGGAGGCCUCUUCAAGAACAUCCGCUACAACCUGGAUUUUUGGAGGAGAAACAUCCAUAUCAAUGACAACGUCCUACAUUCGGCAUACGAGACAGGGGUGCAGAAGGUGGUCUCCUGCCUCUCCACCUGCAUCUUCCCAGACAAGACGACGUACCCCAUUGAUGAGAGCAUGAUUCAUAACGGGCCACCUCACAGCUCCAACUUUGGCUACUCCUACGCCAAGAGGAUGAUCGACAUCCAAAAUAGGGGCUACUUUGAGCAGUAUGGCUGCCGCUUCACCGCCGUCAUCCCCACCAACGUCUUUGGUCCACACGACAACUUCAACAUUGAGGAUGGCCACGUCUUGCCGGGGCUCAUCCACAAGGUCUACCUGGCCAAACAGACCGGCUCAGCUCUGACCAUCUGGGGCACGGGCAAGCCCAGGAGACAAUUCAUCUACUCCCUGGACCUGGCCCGGCUCUUCCUUUGGGUCCUGCGGGAAUACGAUGAGGUGGAACCCAUCAUUUUGUCAGUGGGAGAAGAAGAUGAAGUGUCCAUCAGGGAGGCAGCAGAAACGAUUGUGGAGGCCAUGGACUUCAGAGGAGAGCUUGUUGUAUCCUUCACCACAGACUGGUCCCUCUUGCUCAUGGGGCUGUUGCAGCAUGUGGGGCACCCCACUUUCCACCAGCAGCCAUAG